AGGACGGUGCCCAAUCUUCUCCAUGGAGAGGGAGAGAAAGGUGGUACCGAUUGUAGGGGGAGGGCAGCACUUAGACCCCACUUAGCAUGAUCUCAGCUUACGUGGUCUUGAGACCACUCAAAUUGAGUGGCUUACAUUGUGAAUACCGUUAUAUAUGCAGCAGUACACUCCACCACCCAAUGAUUUUCAUAUAGCAGCUAGCUAGAGCGAGCGAGCGAGCUAGAGCUAGCCGGCCGGCGAGAAAAUGGACGAUACAGGCAGAGGCAGAGAUGGCCGGGAGACCAAGGAUGCGGCAGCGACGGCGAUGACGAAGAAGGUGCCGCUGCUCGGCAUGUUCCGGUACGCCGACCGCCUCGACGUGCUGCUGAUGGUGCUCGGCACGGUGGGCGCGGUUGCCAACGGCAUGUCGGAGCCGCUCAUGUCGGUCUUCUUCGGCAACGUCAUCAACUCCUUCGGCGACAGCAGCAGCAGCACCGUCCUCCGCAGCGUGACCAAGGUUGUCUUGAACUUCAUAUAUCUGGGCAUUGGAACGUUAGUUGCCUCCUUUCUCCAGAUGUCAUGCUGGACGAUGGCAGGAGAAAGGCAGUCUGCCCGCAUCCGUUCUUUAUACCUGAAAGCAGUUCUGAGGCAGGAUAUUGCAUUCUUUGACACAGAGAUGACAACCGGCGAAGCAGUUUCUAGAAUGUCUAGUGAUACCCUCAUGAUUCAAGGUGGUCUUGGUGAGAAGGCAGGGAAGCUUGUACAACUGUCGUCAAGCUUCAUUGGCAGCUUUAUCAUAGCAUUCGCAAGAGGAUGGCUGCUCACUCUUGUCAUGCUAACAUCGCUACCAUUAAUUGCUAUUGCCGGAGCAGUUUUUGCACAGGCCCUAACUAGAGUUUCUGGCAAGAGACAAACAUCAUAUAGUGAUGCUGGGGACACAGUUCAACAGACCAUUGGAUCUAUAAGAACAGUUGUGUCCUUCAACAGUGAGAAGAAGGCGAUAGCAAUGUACAGUAAUUUCAUAAAAAAGGCAUACAAGACUACCAUCGAGGAAGGCAUUAUCACAGGCUUUGGCAUGGGCUGUAUGUUGUUCAUCACAUUUGGCAGCUAUGGAUUAGCCUUCUGGUACGGUGGAAAGCUAAUCGUUGAGAAAGGUUACACGGGAGGAAGGAUCAUUACCAUCAUGUUUACCGUGUUAACCGGUGCAACCUCAUUAGGUGAUGCAAUACCUGCAUUCGCUGCAGUAGUUGAAGGUCAAUCUGCAGCAUACUUGUUCAAAACAAUUGAGAGGAAGCCAGAUAUAGAUUCAGAUGAUAACAUUGGGAUGGUUUUAGAAGAUAUGAAUGGGGAUAUUGAGCUAAAGGAUGUGUACUUUCACUACCCUGCAAGACCUGAGAAGUUGAUAUUGGAUGGAUUGUCAUUACAAGUAGCGAGUGGAACAACAAUGGCUAUAGUUGGAGAGAGUGGAAGUGGCAAGUCAACAGUAAUCAGCCUAGUUGAAAGAUUCUAUGAUCCACAGUCAGGCGAAGUUUUGAUAGAUGGAAUUAGCAUCAAGAAACUUAGACUUGACUGGAUAAGAGGGAAGAUCGGUCUUGUUAGCCAAGAACCUCUGCUUUUUAUGACCUCCAUUAAAGAUAACAUAACAUAUGGUAAAGAGGAUGCAACACUUGAAGAGAUCAAGAGAGCUGCCAAGCUUGCAAAUGCAGCAAAUUUCAUUGACAAGUUACCUAAUGGUUAUGAUACAUUAGUUGGCCAGCGCGGUGCUCAGCUUUCUGGAGGACAAAAACAGAGAAUUGCAAUUGCAAGAGCCAUCCUUAAAAAUCCAAAAAUACUUUUGCUAGAUGAAGCAACAAGUGCACUUGAUGUGGAGUCUGAGAGGAUAGUUCAGGAGGCACUAAAUAGAAUGAUGGUACAAAGAACCAAACUCGUUGUCGCUCAUCGCUUGAGCACUGUGAGGAAUGUAGAUUGCAUCACAGUCGUCCAGCAAGGAAAAAUAGUUGAACAAGGUCAUCAUGAUGCACUGGUGAAGGAUCCCAAUGGGGCUUACUCCCAGCUGGUUAGGCUGCGUGGUGAAAGGCAUAAACUACCACAUUCCAGAUCAAAAAGUACUAGUGUGUCAUUCAGACGGUCAAGAACUAAAGAUUCUCUCAGCAAGAGCAGUACGUAUUCCUUGAAGAAUUCCUUAGGAUUGCCUGUAGAUAUAGAUGAGGACAAAAUCACAAGCGAACAACAAAAGGUAGAGCACUCGGACAGUGAGGCCGUUAAGAAAACACCAAUUGGAUGGCUUUUUAAUCUUAAUAGGCCAGAAGUGCCAGUUCUUCUGCUAGGUUCCAUAGCAGCUUCAGUGCAUGGAGUCAUUUUCCCAUUAUUUGGUAUAAUAAUGCCAGGUGUUCUAAAAUCUUUCUAUGAACCACCAGAUAAGCUGCAAAAAGAUUCUAGAUUUUGGGCAUUGAUGUUUGUUGUUCUGGGGGUUGCUUGUUUUAUUUCAAUACCAGUAGAAUAUUAUUUUUUUGGAAUUGCUGGUGGAAAGCUUAUAGAGCGUGUCUGCACACUGUCAUUUCAAAGGAUUAUGCACCAAGAGGUCGCUUGGUUUGACAACCCAUCAAAUUCCAGGUGUGAUACUCAGAUGCACUUUUACCAUUUUAUCUUCUAUAAACAUAUAUUUACUCCAGUGCUCAGAGGCCAUUUUAUUUUUUACAGUGGGGCACUUGGAACAAGGCUCUCAGUCGAUGCAUUGAAUGUCCGGCAUUUAGUAGGAGAUAACCUGGCCCUUAUAGUCCAGGCUACAGCUACAUUAAUCACUGGCUUUGUCAUAGCUUUUGCAGCAGAUUGGAGGCUUGCACUGAUCAUCACAUGUGUAAUUCCUUUAAUGGGUGCACAGGGCUAUGCCCAGGUUAAGUUCUUGAAGGGAUUUAGCAAGCAAUCUAAGGAGAUGUAUGAGGAUGCAAACCAAGUUGCCGCAGAAGCAGUAGGUAGCAUCAGAACUAUAGCAUCUUUCUGCUCAGAGAAAAAAGUGGUUGCAAUGUACAACAAUAAGUGUGAAGCUUUAAGAAAACAGGGAAUUCGAAGUGGAAUUGUUGGAGGGAUUGGCUUUGGUUUCUCAUCCUUGAUGUUAUUUCUGACUUUCAGUAUUUGCUUCUAUGUUGGUGCAAAGUUCAUAAGUCAGGGAAAAUCUACUUUUUCAGAUGUUUUCAAAGUUUUCUUUGCUUUAGGUUUGGCAGCUAAAAGUGUUUCACAGUCAAGUGCAUUGUCUUCUGAUGCAACAAAGGCAAGGGAUUCUGCCAUUUCCAUUUUUAAUAUUCUAAACCGGAAGUCCAAGAUUGACUCAAAUAGCGAGGAGGGAAUGAUAAUGGAGAAUGUCACUGGCAGCAUUGAUUUCAAUAAUGUCAGUUUCAAGUACCCAUCACGCCCUGAUGUUCAAAUAUUCAGUGACUUUACCUUGCACAUUCCUUCCCAAAAGACCAUAGCACUUGUUGGAGAGAGCGGUAGUGGGAAGUCCACGAUAAUUGCUUUAUUAGAGCGUUUCUAUGAUCCUGAUUCUGGUAUUAUCUCACUAGAUGGAGUCGAAAUUAGAUGCUUAAAAGUCAGCUGGUUGAGGGAUCAGAUGGGGCUUGUAGGCCAAGAGCCAGUGCUUUUCAAUGACACAAUCCGUAAAAACAUAACAUAUGGGAAACACGGCGAGGUAACUGAGGAAGAGGUCAUGGCCGUGGCCAAGGCAGCAAACGCCCAUGAGUUCAUAUCAAGCCUGCCACAAGGAUAUGACACAAUGGUAGGUGAGAAAGGGAUGCAACUAUCCGGUGGGCAAAAACAGCGGGUAGCAAUUGCAAGGGCCAUCAUAAAGGACCCUAAGAUACUGCUACUUGAUGAGGCAACCAGUGCUCUGGAUGCAGAAUCGGAGCGCAUUGUUCAAGAUGCACUGGAUCGAGUCAUGGUCAGCAGGACUACCAUUGUAGUGGCACACCGCCUCUCCACAAUCAAAGGGGCUGAUAUGAUUGCAGUCCUCAAGGAAGGAAUAAUUGCAGAAAAGGGAAAGCAUGAAGCACUGAUGCAGAUCAAGGAUGGAGCAUAUGCUUCACUUGUACAACUCCGCUCUAGUUCCGAGUAAAAUGAUGUACCCAUUUAUUUCUACUAUCUGUACAACCCAUCUGGCCAGACAUUCUAGCUGCUUGUGAUUUGAGAGGUGGAUGCAAGACUAGGGUGUUUUUUGGUA